AUGGACGUCGCUGUGCAUUUACAAUGUUUUGAAAACCAAAUGAGCACAUACACUGGAGACGACCCCCUUGAUCCAUGGGACAGGUUUGUUGGAUACCUUGAGGGGAGGUUACCAGCCAGUGAUGCUCAGGAGAUGUCAGUCGUGCUUGACCGACUUGUAAAAACAUUUAUGCACGAUAAGCGAUACUCAGAUGACAUCAGAUACAUUAACCACUGCAUUAAAUGCUCAAGAUAUUAUGCCGAGCCCAUCACGCUGUACAGUUACUUUCACGGUAAGGGCAUCGGAACACGGACCGGAGCCUUCUAUGUUGCCUGGGCCCAGCAGUUUGAAAAGGGUGGACUGAAGGAGCAGGCGGAUGCCGUGUACAUGAAAGCCAUGGAGAACCAGGCCCAGCCAGCAGACUACGUGCUGCACGAAUACAGGCUAUUUCAAAUGAGAACAUCCACAAACCAGGCAGCAGCACCAGACGGUCCGAGACCUCUUCAGAACUCUAAUGUACUCAAUCACAUGCCAUGGCACAGAGAGCCUGUUGAAAAAAGCAAGGGUUCCAUGGACAGUUUAUCCCAACCACCUGCAGAUAAAACCGUCAGAAUAAUCUCUCGUUCUGAGAACUCUGGGGUGAAGCCCCCCAUGCAGGGCCUACAGUUUCUGUCCAUGUACAAGAAGGAAGACCUGGUGUGCGAGGGGUCUGAGCUGUCCUUUGAGGAGGUGCGAGCAGCACGAUAUUUCCUUAAACUCAAGCAGGAAAAGGAGCAAAGAGAGAUUGAGGCCAACGAGCCAAUGGUCCAGGAGCAGGAGAAAGGCAUCAUAAACUUAAAACAGAUGCUUGAGGGACUCAACCAGAACCUGGAAGCUUGUGGGAGUUCAACCAGUGACCCUUCCACCCAGCAGGGGUACAGAGCAGAACCAGCAGGCAACUUGAAUCCUACUGUGUUCCAGGAGUCUGCAGGGAGACCCCUCGUAAGCAGACCCUCUGAAGGCUGGAAGGUGUACUCUGAACAGGGCUUCAACCAAGAGAACAAUGCAGCAUCCUCAUUUCACAGGAACCACAACCUUAUGACCCCUUUCUCCGACAGUCAGAGCUCAGAGAUAUCCCGUCAUCCUCCUGUCCUGGCUGAUAGGAGCAUUCAUUCGUCUGACUUGGCACCGUCCUCGGCUUUUGCCAUCCAAGCUGCAUCUGUUACGGCCUCAGAAGGUCGAUACCAGCCUGCACAAGAGCCAGUGUCCUUUGAGUCUUCAUACUCAGUUCCACAGGGCUCUAUGAACAGAGACGGCCGGUAUGAGGGGGACAGAGAUCAGCUCAGGGGCGCAUUUGAUUGUGUGACUAGCAGCUCCCAGCACUGCACCAUAGAUGGUGAUCUUUCACUCAGCCAAGCACCAGAGCCUGAAGAGAAAUCAGAUGUGUCACAGGGAGGUAUAGGUAACCUGUCUUACAUCACUCCAAACACGUCUCUGGGACUGGUCCACGCCACACCAUCCAGGGUGCUCCCCUCACCCACCGUCAACACACGCGAGGCGCUGGAUGUGAUCAUGGACAUGUUUCAGGCCCCGACCCUCCUGGACAACUUGUCGAUGAAUCAGGAAAAUGACUGCCAGACAAAUGGUAAAGCAUGUGAAGGAGGAGCCUCUUUUCUGACCAAAGCUGCUUCUGCGAGACCUUUCACUAUCUUUCAGGACAACGCUGACAAAGAGAACUGCUAUGCUGCUGCUGCUGCUCCAGGCGCUGUGAUCGAGACAGAUAAAGCAGAGCCGGCUGUUUCUCAGGUCUCGGCAUCUAACCCCAGCAGACCUGAUGUGACCUCACCAGAGUUUAUCCCAGAUGAAAGCACCGUGUGGGGGGCGCACAACAACUUUCUGGCCGCCUGCCCCAACAGCUCCAGCGACUUUGCCAUGGCAGCCCAGAUGGUCUCAACCCCCUUUGCCCACAAAGCUCCAUACUUCAAUGACUUUUACCAUGACCAAGAGAACCACUGUCCUGAAACCUCUGGCAACACUGAGGCAAAAUCUUACUCACGACAGCCCCAAAAGCUCAGUCCUAUCCUGGAGCAGAGUCCCCCUGAAGAGGUGUCCACUAACAUGGCUGCAGGCCCCUUGAGGGUCCUGGGUGCUGCAGGGCAGGGUACUAUUGUGGGAGAGGGACUCAUCCUGGCACAACCAAACCUGACUGCCUCUCUCACCAUGGUGCCUCCUCCUCCUGCUGUGCUGUCCUUCAGAGACCAGACGCUGGUUAAUCCCAACAGCACCAUCCUCAAGAGCCCCCACGAGGCCCCAGGGCCCAGCUGGCAGGUGUACGUGAGCCCAGAGCAUCUACUCAAAACAGAUUCUCCACUCUCACACAGACCCAAGGGUUCUGUUGAUUCCAAAUCCCAGUCUUCCAUCUUAAGGGAAGAUUGCCGCAAACCAGCAAGCCCGGAGCAAGCCCAGAAGCCAAUCUUUGAUAUUCCAAUGAGCCCAGAAUCUGCUCCCAGAUCAGACUGGUUGGCGAUCAAAAGUCCUGAGGUGGCAGCUGAGCUGGACCUGGACAUGUUCAUGAGUCCCCACCAUGCUCCGAGAGAGGAGACCCAGAUGAACCUGGAUGUCCUCAGAAGUCCACAACAGCCGAGGUUCUCCUCUGAUGUGCCCAUGAGCCCUGCGCCACCAUGCCACAGUAUGGACAAACUAAUGAGUCCAGCAGUGCCCAGGCCAAUGAAAAGUCCUGAGGUGGCAGCUGAGCUGGACCUGGAUGCGUUCUUAAGUCCCCAUCAGGCUCCGAGAGAGGAAACCUUUUCCCAGAUGAAAUUGGAUGUCCUCAGAAGUCCGCAACAGCCAAAGUUCUGCUCUGAUGUGCCCAUGAGCCCUGCGCCACCAUGCCACAGUAUGGACAAACCGAGUCCAGCAGUGCCUGGGCCAACUACCGCACCACUGAUUUCCAAUCCCUGGGACAGUGAGAUGAUUGACAGCCUGCUGUCUAGGCUGAGCUCUCCACUCACCGCCAACCCAAACUAUUUCACCUGGCAGUGCAAAGUGCCAAAAAUUGCACCCAAGACUACAGUCACAAUGGGUAAAGCAUCCUUGCGAGUUGACCGCAUCCUUGGAGAAGGGGCCUUUGCAACAGCCUACGAGGCCACUGAGCCCACAACCUUAAGAAAGGUGGUUUUAAAGGUUCAGAAACCAGCCAAUCCCUGGGAGUUUCACAUCAGCACUCAGGUGGACGCACGUGUGCAGCCUUGCCUCCGUCACCUGUACAACAACAUCCACUCUGCUCACCUCUUCCAGAACGGAAGCAUCAUGCUGGGGGAGCUCUACAGCUGUGGUACUCUACUGAAUGCAAUCAACAUGUACAAAAUGCUGAGUGACAAGGUGAUGCCCCAACCGCUGGUCAUGUACUUCACCACCUGUAUUCUCCACAUGGUGGAGCAGCUGCACAGUGUCAACAUCAUCCACGCUGACAUCAAACCUGACAACUUCCUGCUUGGACAGAGUUUCCUGGAGAGCAGGAACUUCGACCCAGACCACCUGGACCAUGGCCUGACCCUCAUCGACAUGGGUCGGAGCAUUGACAUGGAGCUUUUCCCAGAAAACACUGCGUUCACCACCCGGUGCAUGACGUCAGGCUUCCAGUGUACGGAGAUGCUCAGCGGGCGACCGUGGAACUAUCAGACCGACUACUUCGGGAUCGCGGGGACGGUGUACUGCAUGCUGUUUGGAACAUACAUGCAGCUGCAACAUGAAAACGGCGUGUGGAAGACGAAUGCUGUGUUCAGAAGGAAUCCCCACAGUGAUCUGUGGCUGGAGUUCUUCCAUAUCCUGCUGAACAUCCCAGACUGCCGCUCGCUGCCGUGCCUGCAGAGUCUCCGGGCCAGACUGAACUCCGUGCUGCAGCAGAACUACAGCUCCAAGCUGGCCCCCCUGAAGAACCGACUGGUGGUUCUCCUGCUGGAGAAUAUGCGGACCAGGAGAUGA